CGGUGGGCGGAGGGAGGUGGUGGCCCAGCCUAGUAGGGCAUCCGGCAGGCAGCUCAGCUCCGAGGCCCUUUGUAGGGAGCAGCCGGGCUGCCUGGGGCUUCCAUAUGCUUCUGGUUUGUGCUCGGAUGGUGGGCACCACUCCCGGCAGCGGGGUCGUCCCCAGCAGGCCUCGCCACCAGCCACCACCCACAAGCCCGGUCCCCCGCUGGCAGGCAGGGGCAGCCUCCCCUGGCGGUCCCCGCUCCCCGCAGCUGGCCGCCCCCGCCCUCCCUCGGCCAGCCCAGUUUCCUGCCCCUCCCUCUCCCUCUCUCCUCCCUCCAGCUGUUUCUCUGGCAGAGCUCUGUCCCAUUCAGGACAGCAGCCCCAGCGAGAGAGAGCGCGCCAGGAGCUCGGGACUGAAUGAGGUCUCCCGGAGGGCCUCCUGAGGGAGGAGGGGGUUCCAGAGGAGGCUGUGAUCUGGGGGGGGGGGGCUCCAGGAGAUCUUGAACGAACAGACGGACGGCUUUCUGGGCUGACAGCCACAGCCAGAGAACGAGGUGAUUGAGAGAAAGAAGUCCGGCCACACGGGUCCCCUGCCCAGCGUUCAGCGCCCCGAAGUCCAGGGGGACCCUUGGGAGGGCCUGGCCGGAGACCAGCCACAAGGUGAGGACACCGAGGCUCAGAGAGGGCAAGCCAUUGGCUCAGGGCUGCAGAGACGGUGUUCCUAGCUGUGCCCUGGGACCGAUUGGCCAAGGACCCCACUGGAGAGCUUUGGACACCCUAACAGUGAACGAGAAUGGGGGACAAGGAUUACAACACCUCCUUCUACGACGAGGAGUACUCGGAUGACUUUGAACCCAUCGUGGUUUUGGAGGAGUCUUCUCCCCUGGAAGGCAAGGUGACCAGGAUCUUGCUGGUGGCGGUCUACAGCAUUGUCUGCUUCCUCGGGAUCCUGGGCAACGGGCUGGUGAUCGUCAUCGCCACCUUCAAGAUGAAGAAGACGGUGAACACCGUCUGGUUCCUCAACCUGGCCGUGGCGGACUUCCUGUUCAACGUCUUCCUCCCGAUCCACAUUGCCUACACCGCCAUGGACUACCACUGGGUCUUCGGGACGGCCAUGUGCAAGAUCAGCAACUUCCUGCUCAUCCACAACAUGUACACCAGCGUCUUCCUGCUGACCGUCAUCAGCUUCGACCGCUGCGUCUCCGUGCUCCUUCCCGUCUGGUCCCAGAACCACCGCGGCGUGAGGCUGGCCUGCGUGGCCUGCGUGGUUAUCUGGGUCCUGGCUUUCUUCCUGAGCUCUCCGUCCCUCGUCUUCCGGGACACGGCCCACGUGCAUGGGAAAACGUCCUGCUUUAACAACUUCAGCCUGUCCGCGGCCGGCUCCGCCCCGUGGCUCACUCGCUCCGGGCUGGACCCCGCGGGCCUCAGCCGCCACACGGUGGUGACGGUCACCCGCUUCCUCUGUGGCUUCCUGGUCCCCGUGCUCAUCAUCACGGCCUGCUACUUCACCAUCGUCUGCAAGCUUCGACGCAACCGCCUGGCCAAGACCAAGAAACCCUUCAAGAUCAUCGUGACCAUCAUCACCACCUUCUUCCUCUGCUGGUGUCCCUACCACACGCUCUACCUGCUGGAGCUCCGCCACGCCACCGUGCCGGGCUCCGUCUUCAGCCUGGGUUUGCCCCUGGCCACCGCCAUUGCCAUUGCCAACAGCUGCAUGAACCCCAUCCUGUACGUCUUCGUGGGCCAGGACUUCAAGAAGUUCAAGGUGGCCCUCUUCUCCCGCCUGGUUAACGCGCUGAGUGAGGACACAGGCCACUCCUCCUACCCCAGCCACAGGAGCUUUACCAAGAUGUCAUCCAUCAACGAGAAGGAGACCAGCAUGCUUUGAGCCUCAUCCGGGAACCCCCGGUGGACAGGCGCUCCGGCCUCGGAGGCCCAGAGCUAUGCCUUCCAAAGACCGCCGCAGAAACCCCCUUCAGCACCCACCAACGCCUGCUAGAGUUUACACGGGGCUGACCAGUGCUUUGAGCUGGGAGUCCAGGGCUCGGAACUCCGUCCUUUGAGGGGCGUGGCUGACCAGGCAGGCCAGGGACCGGCAUCCCAUGCUUCUUGGGAGACCUGCCUUGGCUGACCCAAAGCAAAAAAGGGAGCAUUCUUAAAAGCGCUGCCAUGAACCGGGAUCAGCAUAAGACAGAGGGAUUAAGCUACCUAUUCCGUGCUCCCCUGGAAUCACAAACACGCCACGGGGCGUAUUCCUGGCCUGAGCAGCAGAGGUCAGGGCCAACCCAGUGUGAUGCAAAUCGCCGCCUCGCCCCACAUGCCUGUGUCACUGGCCAGCCAGAAAUCCUGCCGCCCGCCCGCAUCGUUCCUCCGGGUGAGGGCAAGUGGAGACGCACAGGUUCCCCGGGAGAGGAAGGUGACACAGGCACUCGCGAACUGCCAGGACCACGCACUUGGCUUUCAGAUCAGGUGGGAAGACAGAGAACAGGUCCUGAGGAGCCCUGUGGGCUCUGUGAGGGCAGGACACGUGGGGCCUGGGGGAAGGGGUGGAGAGAGA